AAAAAAAAAUGCAGAGAAAGAGACUAACCAUUUUGAAGAAGGUCUCAAAUCUUCUCAAAACCUCCAUUUUCGUUGCCAAAAUGAGGAAGCCCAUCACCGCAAAGCUUGUUUUCCUCAAGAAGACGAGAAAGCUUAAGAGGUUUAAGCUUCUCAGGCAUUACAACAAUCACUUUCUUGAAGAGUACGAGUUCUCAUCAGCUUCAAGCACGCCUCUUAUUCAUUACCAGAAGAAACACUUCUUGAAGAACUCAAGCAACGGCGGCGGCCGCCUUGCAGAUGUAUACUCCAUGUUGUCUCUGUGUAGAUGUUUUGGAAUUGGAGGCUUGAAAAGUGAAGGUGUUGAUUACUCCUUGGCAAUGGAAACUCUGCCUGCAAUUACAAGGGAUCAGUUUGUGGAGCCUGCAGUAAGAGUAAUGGAGUUGGAUGACAAUGUAAAAGAAGAAGAAGACUCAGUCGAUCAGAGAGCCGAGCGGUUCAUUCAAUGGUUCUAUCAAGAGAUGAGAAUGCAGAGACAUGAUGCAGCUUAAUUACCUCUUAUUCAUUUAUUAAUUAUUUGGUUCUACUUCUCCACAGGAUUUUUAGAGAUGGUGGAGAAGUUAUAAUUUUUUUGGUAUUUUCAUUUGUUAAGUGUGUGACCUGUG